AUGGCUACCUUCAGUCCUCGUCCAUCUGGUGAUGGGUACCGUCUCUGUCGUCCUGAUCAAAAUGCAGUGUUGAUAAUGAAGUUACCUCGGGCGCAUCUGAUUCACAAUAUAGAGCUUAAAGGAAACUCCCGUGAUGCCAAAAAUAUCUUCGCCGAAACGAUCCGCCAGGGCAUGAAACAUGAAGGACUCGGAGAGGAGGCUGUCACUGACCUCAUAAAUUUCCUGUGGAAAAAAAAAGCGAUUAAACAGGAAUUUAAAGAAACAGCCAACAGCCUUAAGACGUUUAUAAGAACUAACAGCGAGGCUAGUAUUGUCUUGGACGAACGAGUUUCCGCUCGACAAAAUACUUUGGAAGCAGAAGUCGAUUAUAACGGGCCACUUCCGCCGCCUUUUGUUCGUCACUCAUCGGUCAUUGACCCAUCUAGCGAAGAGACUAUAG